UGUUUGUGCAGUGUAAUGGCAGAAGCCAGUAUUUCAGUGGCUCGGGAUCAGUUCAGCUGUUCAAUCUGUUUGGAUCUACUGAAGGAUCCAGUGACGAUCCCCUGUGGACACAGUUACUGUAUGAGCUGCAUUACAGACUGCUGGAAUAAAGAUGAUCAGAAGAAAGUUUACAGCUGCCCUCAGUGCAGACAGACCUUCACUCCAAGACCUGUUUUAAACAAGAAUGUGAUGCUGGCUGAAAUGGUGGACAACCUAAAGAAGGCAAAAGUCCAAACAGCUCGUCCUGCUCUCAGUUAUGCUGAACCUGGAGAUGUGGAGUGUGACGUCUGUACUGGAAGGAAAUAUAAAGCUGUCAAGUCCUGUCUCAUGUGUUUGAACUCUUACUGUCAAAGUCACCUCGAACAACAUGACAGUUUCUUUAAAGAUAAAAAACACAAUUUGAUUAAUGCCACUGUACGACUGCAGGAGAUGAUCUGCUCUCAACAUGAAAGACUUCUGGAGGUUUACUGUCGCACUGACCAGAAAUGUAUUUGUUUACUGUGUAUGAUGGAUGAACACAAAAAUCACCACACUAUUUCAAUUAAAGCAGAGAUGGCUGAGAAACAGAAAGCCUUAGGUGACAUUCAAAGAAAGUUCCAGCAGAGAAUCCAGGAAAGAGAGAAGGAGCUUCAGGAGCUGAAAGAGGCUGUGAAGACACAUCGGAGCUCUGCACAGGCUGCAGUGGAGGAUAGUGAGAGGAUCUUUACUGAACUGAUCUGCUCCAUUAAGAAAAGCCAAUCUGAGAUGACACGGAUGAUCAGAGAUCAGGAAAAAGCACAAGUGAGUCGAGUUGAAGGACUCUUAAAGCGACUGGAGCAGGAGAUUGAUGAUCUGAGGAGGAGAGAAGCUGAGCUGAAGCAGCUUUCACACACUGACAAUCACAUCCAUUUCCUUCAGAGUUUCCAGUCUCUCCCUGUUCCUCCUGCAUCCACAAACAGCAUCAAUAUCAGUUCUCUCCUCUCUUAUGAUGAUGUAGGAAAAUCUGUGUCUACGCUAAGAGAGAAACUUGAGGACCUCUGCAAUGAGGACAUAAAACAGAUAUCUGGUAGAGUGACAUACUUUGAGAUCGUCACCACCAUUGAACCCAGGUCCAGAGAUGACUUCUUGCAAUAUUCCUGUGAGCUCACACUGGAUUCGAACACUGCACAUAAAUACCUCCGUCUUUCUGAAGGCAACAGAGUGGCUACUUUUAUUGGGGCUGACCAGCUGUACCCUAUUCAUCCGGACAGAUUUCAUGUUUUUUCUCAGGUGUUGUGUAGAGAGAGUGUGUGUGGACGCUGUUACUGGGAGGUCGAGUGGAGUGGAGGUAUGGGAAUAUCAGUGUCAUAUAAGAGCAUCAACAGGAAGGGAGAUGGUGAAGAUUGUGUCUUUGGAUUUAAUGAUCAGUCCUGGAGAUUGUCCUGCUCUGGCUCCAGGUAUGCAUUCAGACACAAUCAGAAAGAAAUUAAACUCCCUGUAGUCUCCAGCUCCUUUAGAAUAGGAGUGUAUGUGGAUCACAGUGCAGGAAUUCUUUCCUUCUACAGUGUCUCUGACACAAUGGCCCUCAUCCACAGAGUCCAGACCAUAUUCACUCAGCCGCUCUAUCCGGGGUUUGGGAUCAAUUUAGGAUCAACACUGAAACUGUCAUCUUAAGAGAGUCAUAUUACAGAUCAUAAUAAAAGGGAUGGGUAUAUGUAGUUAGCAGUGUCCUCUCUCCCAUCAUUCCAGUGACAAUCCUACAGUUGAAUCCGGACACUGAUUUACCACAAAAUGUACAGGUAAAUCUGUGUCUGAUGCCAAUCAAUCGAUAAAUGAAAACUGCCCUAUGGAUCUAUUGAAGGAUCCAGUGACCGUCCCCUGUGAACACCAUAACUGUACACUGCA